GUGCGAAUAACAGUAUAUUUUGUUUAUAACAGAAAAAAAAAACGCAAAUUCAAAUCCAAAUCUGGAUUUGUUCAAAAUAAAAAAAACCAAAACGAACUUUGUCACUGGAACAUAAUGUACUAAUGCUGAUUGUUCAACAAUCGUCGUCAAAUACUCCUGGUCCUUUAUACCAGAAACAACAACAACAGCAGCACCAACAAAUCCGGUCUAGACAAUUAGAUCGAGGCAAAGACGACGACGAAGGAAAAGGAGGAUUGCAUACAAAAACAACGUCGUCAUCAUCUUUAUCAUUGACAACAACGUCAGUGUCAACCUUGACCUUCUCCUCAGCGUCCUUGACGACGACGACGACGAAAGCAACAAAACCACAAUAUUUACACAUACCAGCUAUUAAAGCCGGGCCCAUGCCACAUACGAAUAAACAGCAAAUCCCACAGCAACAGCAUAUAAUUCAACAUACUUUACAUAACAGUAGCAACAACAACAACAGUCAACAACAGCAGCAGCAAAUUGUACAUCAUACGCCAACACAACAACAACAUGUGCAGCAAGUUCAUUUGUCUAACAAUACAACGACUGCAGCACAACAACAACAACAACAACAACAGCAACACCCACAUUUACAGCAAAAACAACAGCAAACUCAACUGUCGUCGAGCCAGCAGCAACACAAACACCAAACCCAUAUGAUACAAGUGUCUGAAGAAUAUCUCGAAAAGCAGCAGCAGCAGCAACAUCAGCAGGUGCAGCAGGCUCAAAUCCAUACAAAACAAAAUCACAGCACCCCCUCUUCCACCAACAUGAUGAUAUCAGCAAGCGGAGAGGUUAUACAACAACAACAAAUUUUCAAAAUUGUCAGUACCGAUGCUGCUACCGGAAAUAUGAUCAUUGAUACAACAGCUGCUGGUGGUGGUGCCGGUGGGGGUACUACACCGAAUUCCAGUGCCCCAUCUUCUAACGCCUCAGGCACAUCCAAAGUUUUGCUAAGCAAUCUAACCGUAUUAUCCAAACAACAGGGGACAACGGCGGCGGCUCAAACUCCAUCUGGCGGUGGGGGACAAACCAUCAAUUUUGUAAAUACCAAACAUUUGUAUAACGCCACACCCAAUGCAAAUCCAGGCGGCAGUGGAUGUGUCAACAAACAAGCAAAAUUUACCAUGUCCUCAUCCUCUGCAUCCACGGGAAAUCUUAGUAGUCUUGGCAGUUUUAAGAGCACACCCUUGAAACAAACCACAAAUAUGCAAUAUAUGCAGCAGACUACUGGAAUGAUUGGAACUGGAAGUCAGCCCAAGAUUAGUAUGAUGGGUAAUCGAAAUAUGCAAUUGUUGGGAACCACAACCAGCAACAGUGGCCCUGGAUCUAGACUAAUGGGCAACCAUAGCGGUGGCGCAAUACUGACCAACAACGCCGCUGCCACAGCUCAGACAAUGGUAUUGCAACAACCACAUAAAUUUUUAACUUCAAAUAAUGUGGCAGGCUCCAAAACAACACUGGGUAUCACAGGCAGCAGUAAUGUUAUCAAGAAAUCUACAGGUGGUACACUAAGAAUGAACAAUAGCAACACAUCUUCCUCAUCCUCCUCCUCGUCGUCAUCGUCGUUGACAAAUACGGCAUCAAGUAAACUAUUGGGAAAUUUGCAUGGAUCCUCAUCGGCGCAAGGUGUCAAAACUUUUAUAACACAAUCGACCGCUAAUGUACAGCUGGGCUCCUCAUCUAUGCAGCAGCAUCACACCAAGGGCAGUGGAAAGUCGAAAUUUGUUAAACAAUACAACAAUGCUAUUAUAAACAGUGCUGGCGCUGUGGCAAUAGCAACACUGCCCCACCAACAACAACAGCAGCAGCAGCAGCAACAACAGCUUCAUCAAAGUUCUAUUGGUGGCAAUACUAGUGUUGCUGCAGCUGGUGGUGGUGGUAAUGUUGGUAUAAUUGGUGGCCAACAAUCCCCUCUGCAUCAGCAGCAACAACCGACCUAUUUGAAUCAUCAUAAAACAUCAGUGUCGGCGUCAGGAGCAGCAGCGGCGGUUAUUGGUGGUGGUGCAAUGGCUACAACAAAAUCCAAUAAACUAAAUUCCAAAUAUGCAGGAGCAACAAAUGUGGCAGCUCAAUUGCCAGCCGGUACACAGUUGCAUCAGAAAACAGCCAUACCAAAUUCCACAACGCCGCAACAGUAUCAAUCAUCUGCAAACAGUAGCAACAACACCACCACCACCAACAACAACAAUAGCAAUAUUAAGUUUGUAAAUGCCCAAGGCACCAUAAUUCAACAAACGCAGCAGCAGCAAGUGACGCAGCCUCUAACACCACAAAAAAUACAAAUAAAGCAACAACAGCAGCAACAUCAUCAAAGCUACGACAAUUUGAUGGAAGCAAGUAGCAACUUUUCUUUGCAACAGCAGCAACAACAACAUGGAAGCAUGCAAACGACAUCUAAUAGUAACAAUGGAUCCUCUACAGCUUCCUCCAAUGCUUCGCAAUUAAACGAUGAUAUUAUGAUGGUCAAUGGAACGCAAAUGACCGAUGAACUAUCGGCACGUAUAUUGCAGAGUAUGUCACAAAAAUCCUUCAUCAAUCAAAGAUAUCAGCAGUUGCAGCAGCAGCAUCAAACUGUUGUCUAUCAGAAAUCUCCCACAAACAACAACAACAAUAGCAGCAAUAUGUUUCCUCCGCCACAACAACAGCAGCAACAACAUAGUUCUACAACUUCUCCAAAUGCCUUAACACAAUCACAAGGCUCGUUAACAGCAGCAGCAUCGUCGUCAUCAUCGCCAAUAUCACAUCAUAUGCAGAAUAUUUCCAACAACGCCACCACCAAUCAUUCGAAUAUUUUAUUAUCGCCCCGUGAAUACACCCUGUAUCCGACUGUAAUUGGUUCACCUCAACAACAACAACAACAACAGCAGACGUCGCAGGUGUCCCAAAAUCCAUUAGCAUCACCCAAUCAGUAUGCAGUCUCCUCAACAUCCUCCACUACAUCAUAUAUUACCAAUAGUGGUAGUAUGGCCACCAUAACACCGCAUUCGGGAAAUAUGACAGCCACCGGUAUUGUUGGAUCACCAGCAGCAGCAGCUGCUGCUGUAUCUUCAUUAUCAUCAUCACGUGUAACAACGCAAAGUGCACCCAGUUCGCGUUCUCAAUCAAUGGAACGCAAGCUACAUGAAUCCUCAAUUUCACGAAAAUCUUCGGAGUAUUAUAAAGUCAAUAAUCACAAUUCCCUGCGUGGUAGUCAUAGCAAUUUAGCAACAACUUCAAAUGUUGUUUCAUCGGCGUCGUCGUCGUCGCCGUUGUCCUCAUCAUCAUCGUCCUCACCACACGCUUUAGUUGGUGUUGGAGCAACAACAGGAACGAAUUUAGCUGCAUCGGCAUCCUUAUCAUCUCUAAAUACUGUGGUCUCCAAUAACAGCAGCAGUACUUCUUCACUACCACCCCGAUCACCUUCGAUAUCAUCAACAACACCCUCAGCUGCGGCUACACAUUUGUUAGAAUCCCCAAUCCAACUGGGAGCUUUAAAAUCCAUGUCCACAGCUGCGGCGGCGGCAUCAGGCGCCGGUGGCUCCUCCAAUAGCAAUGAUGACGAUAUUAUUGGUGAAGAAAUACGACCCUUGUUGGUAGAAACUCAUGAUAUACGUUUGCAAAUAUUACAUGCUGUAUUAUUGGAUCAUACCUAUGUCAAUCGUAUGCCUUUGGAAUUGCCAACAACAUUUGCAGUUCAGCAGACACCCACAUCGACGAGUAUAACGAAUUCGACAGGAAUUGGUCAGCAACAACAGUGGUCAUUGGGUGGUAUAGGUGCUGUGGCCACUGCAACGGCGGGCUCAGUGGUUGUAAACACUAACAACAUCAACAAUAAUAGUAAUAUGGGAGUCUCAUCGACACCAGCUUAUCCUAUGUACAGUUCACAAUUAUCCCGUCUGCAGCAGGAUGAUGAUGCCUACUCGGCCAUAAGUAAUAACUCAAGACCAGCCUUGGGGGACAUUGAUCCCGGCGAGGAAACUGAAACAGCUCCUGAAGCCGAAGCGGAAGAUGAUUCCGUUACCCGUUGUAUAUGUGAUUUAACCCAUGAUGAUGGUUAUAUGAUAUGUUGUGAUAAGUGUUGCGCCUGGCAACAUGUUGACUGUAUGGGCAUUGAUCGCCAAAACAUACCCGAUGAAUACCUAUGUGAAUUAUGUCAGCCUCGUCAAGUGGAUAAAGCACAAGCUCGUGCCCUGCAAUUGCAAAAACGACGAGAACAAUCACAGUUGAUGGCCCAGGCAGCAGCGGCUGCUGCCGCCGCCGCUGGUACACAAGGUGCAGCUGGUACUGCAAUCAGUGGUGGCAUAAAUGCCUCAUCAAAUCUCAUGACAGAUGUUUUAGCGGGACAACAGCGUCUGGGAACUGCUAGUGGUGGAAACUUUGGUAUGGGUACCACAAAUCUAAAUGAUGCCACAAAUCAACUUGGUGGCACUCUAAAGAAAGGUGCAAAAAUGCUCAAGAAGGUAAAGGAAUCUGGUAAAAAGUCGAAAAAAUCUGAUAAAUUAUCAGGUGUUGGCGGCACUGCGGCGGCAUCAGGCGCUGUUGGCGGUGGGAAAUCAGGCCGUAAAGAAAGCAAAAAGACCACAAAACGCAAGCGAGGUGGCGGUCAUGAUGGCAGCUGUGGUAGUGGAAAUAUGACAGCGGCAGAAAAACAUGCCGCCCUCAUGGAACAGUGGAAAACUAACUAUGAAAAGGCCGUCACCAAUCACUAUUCCCCGGAAUUGAGAGCCCGCCUGCAUGCCAUUACCAAACAGCCAUUACUUUUGCAAAGUAUUGUCAAUACCGAAAAUCCCCUACUCAAGGAGUACAGUAAUGGUAACCUGGAAUCUAAGGUCCAGACAAUUCCUCAUGCCGGUGGCAGAAUCUUGGUUAGUACCAUGGAUUUACCACCGAAUACCCCGAUAUGUGAGUUGAGGGGUAAGUACAUGCUUACCACCCAAUAUAAAACUCAAAACACUUCGGUAAACAUGAAUUGUCCUCCGCCGAAUAAUUACCAGCUUAAUAGUUAUAAACCACACAGAAUGCCGGGUCGUUACAUAUUUUUCUAUCAGCUGCAAGGUGCCGCUGAAUCGGCAUUGUCACCAGCAUCAAGUCAAUCUCCCGCAAGCACCACCACAACCACCAUAAAUCCAGAUGGUAGUGUAACCACAACCACCACACCUGCUCAAUUAAGUCCGCCGCAACCAGCGGCGCUAAUGAAGGGUCCGGAAAUAUGUGUCGACACUCGUACAUAUGGCAAUGAUGCUAGAUUUGUGCGUAGGUCAUGCCGUCCAAAUGCUGAAAUACAACAUUUAUUCGAAAAGGGUACCAUCCAUUUAUUCAUAGUCUCGCGAACGGACAUCAGGAAUUCGACAGAGAUUACAAUUCGCCAUGAGCCACACGAUUUACACGCAGUGUUAAAUAAAAAGUCCAAUUCCAUGAUUAUACAACCCACAAGUACGCCAUGUGCCUGUGGCCUUAGCAAGGAUUGUAUAUUUGGACCACCGCUGCCACAAUUGCCGCCGGCGGCAAAAUCGGGACGAAAAUCGUUAUCCUUCAGUGGUGGUGGCAGCAGUUCGGGCAAUCAAACGGCCAAACAACGAAAAGCCAAUCAGCAAAAUCUCAAUCGUAAUCGUUCGACAUCCUCAAGUGGUGAUAGCAACAUGGGAGUGGGCAAUCAGUUAUUGUCCACGGCGCAAAGUAACAUCAACAACAGUAGUCCCACUCCAACGGUGGCGCUAAGUCUUAACAGUCCCAACAAUAAUUUGUUGACAACAAAAGUUGGUCCGGUAAUAAUGGGAGGUAAAAAUUCUCUAACAGUGGCAGCCAAUAAUGGUCUCAUGCCAUUGACAGCUUCGUGUAACAGUAACCUGAGCAAUGCAUCGUCAAACUCCUCCUCGAUGCUGACAAGUUUAAUGCAUUCGGAUUCGGGUAUAUGUACAUCAUCAUCAUCGCCUUCUGUAUCUAUACCAUCACCAACACCACAUAUGCAUUCGCCCAUACAACAGUCUCACCCACAUCUGCAACAACAACAACAGCAACAAUCACAAUUGAAGCCAAUGCAGGUUGUGCCACAGCAGCAGCAACAACAACUCAUGCAAUCCCUGCCUACUCCAUUGAUUCUAACAGCCGAUAUGCAGCAGACGCCGCAACAGCAGCAGGGUCUGCAUCAACAAUAUGAACAACAAGCAAGUGUGGCUGCUGGGCCCCAGCAAGCUAUUCCUCAAGUGGCACUGCAAUCACCACAACUUUCCUCAAUGCAGCAACAGCAGCAACAACAACCACCUCAAAAUAUGGCGACGAUAGCAGCAGCGGUAUUGAUUCCUCAAGAAAUGUCGAAGGAUCAUUUGGUGGCAACCGAACCCCAAUUGCCACAGGCUACUGGCACAGGGGGUCAAUUGUGUUUGAUAACGCAACAUCAAACACCACCAACCCAGGUACCGCAAUUAACAUCUCCACAAACCAAACAACAACCACAAUUGCCAAAUUCUUUGCAACACCAUCAACACAUUGCUCAAGAUCUAUCCCCCGAAGCAUCAAUUGCAGCAACGGCCUUGCAGUCCUUGAAUUGUGCCGGACAGGCAAAUCAUACGGUAACCACCCCAAUAAUAACAGAACACUCCCAAGGACCACAACUUGUUAUGGCCGCUACAACAGGAGGGGCUACAAAUGUGGGAGAUACUUUAGUAACACCCGCCAAUUCCAGUAACCCUCAAUCCUCUGAGGUGCAAGAAACGCUUCAAAUUUCUCAAGAAUUACAUACUUCAAUGGAAACUACUUCAUCGCCUCAACAGAAUAAAUCUCCGCAAAAAGACAACCACCAACAGCCAGGACGUAAGACCCCUGCCAAAUAUGGCCGGACCACUAGUUUUUCCGAAGAUAAUAGCGGUGAUCAGCAGCAUAAUGAUGACACAAACGUUAGCUCUGCCACACCGAAUUCCUCUUCCACACCCAAAGAGAAACCAAAGCUGUCCAGGGAAGAUCGCAAAAUGGAGGCUAUUUUAAAGGCUAUCGAAAAAAUGGAACGCUCACAGCAGCGCAAGCAGGAACAGAAACAGGCAAAAAGGCAAAAUUCAAGUGGAAGUCACAAUACGACACCUACUUCGCCAAAUAAAACCUUCGAUUCGGCUGACAGUUCGGGUACAAAACGUUCCAAUUCCCAUUCGGCAACGAGAGCAAAAAAGAAACGUAAGGCCGGCAGCAGAAGUUCUUCGCAUAAUAAUCAACGAAAACGCAGACAAAGUCGCAUCAAUAGUCAAGAGUCGAUUGAGGGAUGUGCUGGUGGCAGUGGUGGUAUUGCACAUGAUCAUGAUGCCGCUAUUACCUCAGAAUCGGAUGGUUGUGCAGCAAUGCUCUCCCCACCCAUACAAACUAUGGCCUCGACAAGGAAAGAAGUUAGUCCCAAGUUGACACAGAGUCUGCCCGUCUGUAGCGAGAGCAACAAUGUACCUAACAAUGUAGAUCAGGCAGCUGGACUUCUAAUGGCUUUUGCUAAUCCAAUUGUGGCUAAUACUGAACCUCAAACCACAGCAACGGCGACGCAACAGGCAGUAGAACCUCAAUCCCCACAAAGAACGACACAUUAUAUGCUAAGUUCUCAUGAGGCUACCGCAUCACCACCACCCACUCCACCGUCCCAUGUAAGCAGUGCUUGUUUGCUAAUUGAGGCUGCCGUGGGUCCGUUGGAAACGAAUUUGGAUGGUCAUGCGAACGAUGCUGAAUUUAAGUAUCCCCUGCAAACUAAAACCAAGAAGUUAAUGAUGAACAAUUGGUUACAUAGAACAGAAGAGGAUACAUCGGCGCCAGCUUCUUCCUCAGCGAUUCAACAAAUAUCACCAUCACCUGCUGCACCACAAUCCACAACCACCGCCCACGCUGCCGCCACGGGUCUAGACUCCUUGGUACAGGCUGCCUUAUACGAUGUCAAUCAGUCGAAUCAACAAACGCCCCACGAUAGAGAUAUGCCCCAAAAUUUAAGUAUUGUUGCCCAGCGUGUGGAAGAGUUUAUCCAACAGACGGAGGGUGGACCACCAACACCGCCACCCACUAAACAUUCCUAUGAAUAUGAACAGCAGCAACAGCAAAUGUAUGCAGCAGCAGUUUUAUCGAAUCCAGCUGUUGAUUUGUCCAUUAAACACACCGACAUUAGUGACAACAAUGGUGGCGAGCUUACGAAGUCUUCCACAACUGAGACAGCGGCAGUGCCUCAUAAAAACUUACACUUGCCUUUACAGGUCAGUACUUGCAGUAAUAAUUCGUCGGUGAAAAAACGUUGGUUGCGCCAAGCCAUCAGCGAAGAGACCCACGAAGAGGCUCAAAACAGUAACAAUUCAUCUACGAUGUCAAUGUCGCCAUCACCAACAACGCCCUUAGUUAUGUCAGCGGCGGGAAUUCAGUCGAAUUUCAGUAAUUCUUCGCAGCAGUUGCAAGGGGGCACAACGGCACCACCAGCUUCUUCUCCAGCCCUGAAUAAUGUUCCAAAUGGUUUUACUACACCAUUGAAGAAAAGACGUCUUUUGCUAACUGAUGAUCGAGAGGAAGAUGAAAGUAUAGCUGCGGCAAGUUCUAAUUCAAGUGGUGGCGAUAUUGCCAUUGAUGCCAAUACAACUUCAUCAUCCAUUGUAGCAACUGAAACAUCUGGGAUUGUCAACCAAUCGGAAGAAUAUCCCAAAGAAGCGAGAGAGGAAAAAGUUGAACAAAACUCUCAACCUUUAUCACAGGUAUAUCCAUCACCUUCAUUCCCUGUUAAGGCGGAAGAAGAGCAUACAACUCAGGAUUAUGUUCUCGAGGAUGCUCAAGAAGAUGUUGAUGUAGAUGUUGAGAAAUGUGAACAAAAUGAUGUUCCCAAUCCACAAAUGAUGGCCUCAACUGAAUUGUUGGAGGCAGAACAAGAUGUGGAUGUAACCUCAACGCCAUGUGAAGAAGAUGACUCCAAGCCAACUGAUAUCGUUACAAAACAUGAGCCACCAGAAAGUACUGAGGAAAGUUCGUACAUUAAAACUGAAUUUAAAGAAGAGGCAGAAGAACACCUGGAGCAGCAGGCGGCGCAUGAUGAGAACAUGGGAACGGAAUUCAAUGAUCAGGAAGAUGAUGUUGAUAUUUUACGAUCUCCAAGCCCCGGUCAGGAAAUGAUCAAAGCCGAAGAUAAUUUAGUUAAAAUUGAACCCGAAGAUACCAGCGGCAAUGAGGAUGUUAAAAUAGAUGUUGAACGGGAGGAAGAAAGUAUGGCAGCAGAUGAUGUUGUUGUGCCUCAAAUAUUAAAACAAGAAUCCAAAGAGGAUGAAAAGUAUAUGCCGCCGCAUCAGGAAAUAAAUGUAACAGAAGUCUAUCGUUCACCGAUCAAGAUCGAGGAAUCGGCUCAGGUGAAGGAGGAAAACAGAAAAGAAGAUAUUACUUUGCCAAAGGAAGAGAGUAGUACGGAAAAUAAAACAAAGAUUUUGGAUUAUAUUGAUGGUGUUGCCACGACAAAGACGGAGAGCGUGGAAUCGAAAACAGAAAUUGAUGCUGAAGAACCAAAACCGAAGAGAUUUAAAUUGGAGGAAGCGUACACUACUACCACCAUCCUAACCACGGCAACAUCUUCGAAAGAAGAGAAAAAGGCUGGAAUGGGAAAUGACAUUAAAGUAGAAGAUGAAACACAAUCCAUGGUUGAAAGUUCGUUAACAUCCAAGAAAGAUGUCAUCAAGGUGGAGAAAUUCAAAACGGAGGACUCCCCUGCGGAAGAAGUAUCUUCAUCCACAUCUUCGGUGGCGAGGAAAGUUACCAAAGUUGAUGCUGAUAGUAGCACAACAUUGAAUUAUUCUACAGGUGGACCCGAUAAAGUUACGCCUGCCACACCAUCGCCACCCAUAUCCACUUCCAGCAACAAUCAAGUUUCUUCAUCAGCUACUCCCCCUUCGCUACAUCGUAAGGCCACUCUAAGUGAUGAUGAUAUUCAGGCACGUUUGCACAAUUUCCACAAGGAGAAUAUACUAUUCCUUCAAUCUCGAAAUAAAAAAUCGAAAUUAAUCAGUAUGAGCUCCUGCCUGAAUAGUGUCAGCAAUGAUAUGCAGAAACAAAAUCAUAAGAACAGCAGUAACUCUUCCUCCUCAUCAUCGGGCAGUAAUCAUCAUCAUCACAACCACCAUCAUCACCACCACAGCAAAGACAAAAGCGAUAAAACGUCUUCAAAAUAUAAGAAUUCCUCUUCCUCAUCUUCUUCGACAGGCGGAGGAUCGUCGAGUUCGAAAAAAGCAAAGCUGCACAAAAGGGAACGAACAACCUCGAGUAGUUCGUCGAACAGCCAUAAAACUUCGUCCACAACUUCGUUGUCACAGAUAUCAUCCUCAACGGCAGUGGCAAAUAAAAAUUCAGUGGUCAACUCGACGUCAUCGUCCUCGUCGUCAUCCUCCUCUUCGUCUUCUUCAAAGAAAUUGAAGUCUUUGAAGAAAUCUUCAUCCGGUUCUUCGACAUCUUCGAAUAAUUCAACAUUAUCAUCCUCUAAUUGUGGUUUAUUAUCCACAGCAGCAUUACAAAGUUCUGAGGUGGGCAAAGAUAAAACUUCAAGACAGAGAACAACAUCGUCAAGCAGUAGUGGGGCCCCAACAUCAUCGUUGACCCCUACCACCACAUCUCACCCAGUGCCAUUUGGUUCGAACACGCCCACCACCAUCACCACCAAGAAAAAACAAUUGAAUUUUGAGUUGGAGCUAACCAAGGAUAUGCAUUUGGUUAACAGUGUAGCGGUGAAUAGCGGCGGUAAGCAUAAGAGACAGGAUUCAGAUAGCAAUGGCGGUAGCCAUAAUUCUGCCAAAAAGGCACGUAAAGAUUCAUCAUCAAAAGAUGAAACGAAAAAUUCCCAUAACAAGAAUCACCACCACAAGACGUCUACAAUGUGCGGCAAUUCUUCGGCGGCAGAAAAAUUGCAAGAAAAGGAAGAUAAGAAGAAACCACCAUCAUCAGCUUCGCCAGCUCAUGUUGCUGCGGUAUCAAUCGCUUCCGGUACAAUCGCCUCAGCUAAAUCAUCAGUUUCCCUGAAUAUGUCAUCAUCAUCUUCAACACCCGCAGUAUUGCAGCCGCAACAACAGUCUUCUGAAUUCCCAACCAACAAUGCCAGUCAUGGCUUCUCCUCCCACACAGAGGAACUGAAAAGGCUACCAAUACCAUCUCCAGUGACAGCCAUGGCACCUGCCAUAAAUAUUUUAAAAGAGCAUCCCACAUUACCCCAUUUUAAUAAUGUUUUAUUGGCUCCACCAAAUCCAUCCGUUCCUCCCACUGUCAAUGCAGCAGCAACUCUGGCGCAAAUAUCAACCCCACCUCCGCCUGCUGCGGUUGCAUCUUCUUUACCAUUGACUCCAAUAGCGGGAGUACAAAACAUUCCAGUUCAUGUAACCAACGCCAUGCAUUCGCCGUUAGCCCACCCUUCAGCAGCUAAUCCGUGUUUGGCAGGUCCUGGCAGCAUUUCAUCACCAUCUUCUGUUUCGGUCGCAGCUCUAUCUUCCACUUCCGCCACCAAUAAUCAUUUGCCCUUCUUCAAUACCAUUUAUGGUAAACUUUUGGAUAAUCCAAACACUACUCUAUCAUCAUCACCAAGCUCAUCGGCAGCAGCAGCAGCAGCAGCAGUUGGAAAUAUACCUCCUGUCUCAUCCACGGGAGGUGUACUCUCCGAAUAUUUAGACACCAAAUUGAAGAGUUUAAAUAGUUUGGGUGGUUAUGUAACACAUACAGCCCUAUUUGGCCUGAACAACACACCCAAUAAAGAUAUGGGCUCUCUAACAAAAGAAAUAAGCUGUGAAAUGCCAGCACCACCGGUGCCAACACCAAAUUCCAACUCCUCCUCAUCAUCAUCAGCAGCAUCCGGCACUUUGUCGUCAGCGACGUCAUCAUCAUUGUCGUCACUAACAUUAAAUGCAUCAACAUCGCCUGCCUUGAAAAUUCUUACAAAAACAGCAAGCCAUGAUCCGCGAUUAAAUCCACAACUGACCGCCCCAGAACCACCACCUCAGCCCAAACGAAAACUUUCAAUAAAUGAAUAUCGCAAACGCAUGCAGCAAACCACAACCAGCAGCACGUCGACAAAUGACAUGCCAUCAAGCAAUAGUCUAGUUUCCACACCAACCACCCCUCCAACACCCCUAGAAUCAAUAACACCACCACUACCCCCGCCGGCAGUUAUUAACAAGUGUACACUGAAUUCACCGGAACGUUUAACGCAAUCCGUCGAUUCACAAAUACAAAAGGAAAUUACUGCCUCAUCAUCGACAUCUGGUGGACCCUUAAAUGCCUACGAUACGUUGAACAGUAGCAACAGCAGUUCCACCAGUAAUAGCAGUCUAUUGAAUGAUUCGCUUUUGAAAUCGUCUUCCAUAGCUGAAGAGGAUUCUACAAAAGGACAAUUCAAUGCCGCACCCACACUCCUGGAAAAACAACAAGAAAGUCUUUGUGCUCGUUUGAAAUCGUUUAAAGAAAAACAAGGCUUGGCUUUGGGAGUUGGCGCUGUUAUUGGUAUUGGAUCAGGUGUUGGAAGUCUGGGUGUUAGUCGUUCAAGAUAUUCAUCGUUUAGUGAAACGACGGGUCUAACUGAAUUUUCAUUUAGAAGAGGAGAUGAUGACGACAUGGGCAUAUUGGGAAAACGUAAUCUUAGUAUUUCAAGCAGUAUUGGAGGUGGUGAUUAUUUGGAUAAUUGUUUGGAAGAAAUAUCAUCAACAUCAACAUCAAUGUCCUCAUCCCGCGAACCCAGUCCCGAACGUUACAUACACACAACAACAAAUCACCAUCAUCAUCCGCAGCAUCAGAAUCAACAUCAUGGCAAACAUGUGAUAACGGCUUCGGCCACAACAGCCCCCAGCAGUGGUAGCAGUAAUACUGGCGAAAAGAACAGUAGCAGUACAAAUUUAGAACGCAAAAAGAGCGUGGACAUAGCCUAAGAAGAGGAGAUUGUGUACGCCGCCGUCCCUCCCCCUUCAACAAUUAAUAAUUAGUAACAAAUUGUUCUAACGAGUUGCUCAAAAACUAUUUCAGUUACGAACACAAAUUUGAGUUACAUGCCAAAUUAUAUUACUUUGAGAGAUUUAUGUUUGGUUGUUGGGAAACAAACCGGAACAGCAUAAUGAACAUACAGGGAUUGUUUUAAAAUACAAAAGAUGAAAAAAAACUUGCAUAAAGUCCAUAUACAUACACCCUGAAGUUGGGACCGUAGAGGGGUUUUAGCUUUGUGUGGUGAAAACCUUGUUCUUAUUUUUGAAUAUUUAAUAUUUUUUGCCAAAUGUGUUACAGAACUAAGGUUAGCCGCAAACGAGUUAACACCCCACCCCACCCCACACACACUCACAUAUUUGAUUUUUUGUUUAUAAAAUGAAAAGCAAAAUACUAUACACUUGUACAUACAUUUAUGGAAUAAUGUAAAAAUAAUCUUAUGUUUAAUUCUAAAAUUUAUUUAAGUUUUAUAAUCUUUAGUUUUUCAUAAUACCCUUUCUUACUAUGAUUUUUCUUUUAAUUCUGUAAAAAUUAGCAUAGAAAAAGAAAAGAAAUACAAAUACAAUUCGUUAGAAGAUCGUAUAAACGAUAUUUCUACCUACCACCCAUAUCCUCCUUACCCCUUCCCAUAAAUACACAACAUACAAACAAACCCACAAAACAAAACUGUAAAUUAUCACAUUUAAUAUUAUUCUUAUUAAUAGUUUCUUUUUUAUUUAGUAUGUUUUCUUGCGGAGAGAUAUUUAGUAUAGUUGCGUUAAACUAGUUUUAUUACUAAAGAUAUAUACUGUAAUACUUUUUUCAUACAUACAACAAACACACACACACCUACUACACACUCUCUUUUUUAUUUUUCUUAUUACCCCUUUUUUUGUAAGAUUUUAAUUUUUUAUUAUUAUUUAAAACAACAAAAAACAAAAAUAACAAAUAACAUAAUUUAAAUAUUGGAAUUGUGUAACAAAACAUAAAGCCAUGAUUGAGUCAUUAUUUCAAAUGGGAUUUUUCCAGGGUUACAUAUAUUUUCGUUUGGUUAUGUUAAUGGAUUUUUUUCUUUGAACCGCUUUGUAUUGUCUUUAAAUUUUCUUAUGUUUAUAAUUGUUUAAUUCUGUCGGGAAGUUCUAUCGAAAGUUUUGGGCUCUUAACAUAAAAAUAUGUCUGGUUAUGGGGAAGGCAAAAAAAUAAUUUUGAGUAGAUAAAUAUUGCUCUCAUUUAAGGUUUGUUGUUAAUAUUUAUUCAUUUGUUUUAACGUUUGGUGCCCAACUUCCUCCAGUUCAAAGUAAUUGGUAACAUUUACAAAUUAUCAUUCUAUGGAGGGUAUAUUAACUUUGUUAUUCCGUUUGUAACUCCUCGAAAUAUUCAAAAUAGACCAUACAAAGUUUAUAUAUUCUGGAACACCGUAAAAUUCUAAGGCGAUCUUGCGAUGUCAGUCUGUUGUCUGUCUGUUGUAAUCACACUAUGUUUCGAACGAAUUGAGAUAGAAGGCUAAAAUUUUGCAUUCAUGCAUAGUUUACCAGUAGGCAGGUUAAGUUCGUAAAUGGGCCAUGUCGUAUCACCCCCCCUCCCCCAUAUAACGUUAUUUACAUUAUUUACCGGGAUUAUUUCAAAUUUCGUAUUUAAAGUUCGCAAUAGGUAUGAAAAACAGUUUUGUAUGGAGGUCCACGUCUUCGUAUACCCCCCAUAUAACGAUAUUCGGUAUUUUGAUGAUUUCAGCAAUAUUAUUUACCGGAAUUGUUUCAAAUUUCGUAUUGGGGGAUGUUAAUGGUUACUAUAACCUAUGACAAAAAUGUUUGUAUGCAGGUCCACGUCGUCGCAUAGCCCCCAUAUAACGGUACCUCCCUAUAUUCGAUAUUUUGAUGAUAUUAGCCAAUUUUUUUCGAUGGGAUUGUCUUAAAAUCCACAAAAGAAGUUCCUUGUGAGUACAUUACCCCCUGGAAGAGAAUUGUCUAAAUAGAUCCACGAUAUUGUAUAGCCCUCAUAUAAAGAUACACCCCGAUAUUCGGUAUUUUGAUGAUUUCAGCCAAAUUUUUCAAUAACGGAAUAUAACGGUGACUCCCGAUAUUCGGUAUUUGUUUGAAAUUUCGUAUAUAAAGUUCGGAACAUUUACUACAGCCUAUGACACAAAUUGCUUAUGCAGGGCCUUGAAGAAAUUAAAAUAUACAAACAUUUUUUUUGUUGGAAUAUGUUUUUUUGAAACAUUAAGAUAUUUGACAUUUGAAAAACUUUCAAAUUCUUAAAAAUCUUUUUAUUUUAAUUUUUGAAUCAAUAAAAUUAUAAAUUAACUAACGGUAGAUGAACAAAGAAAUUAAAAUAUACAAAAAUAUGAUUUUUUUGUUGGAAUAUGGUUUUUUUUUGAAACUAAGGGUGAGAGGAGAGGAACAAAAAAGUUUUAGGUUGACUUUGUUCGAUUUUGGCCCUAGGCUAUAUUGUUCAUUUCCGAAGAAGCCAGCCGAUGACUUAAGCCAGCCAAAUACGAGCUUUAUGUAUUCCCUCCCUAAGAUUUUUGACAUUUGAAAAAUUUUCAAAUUACUUCUUAAAAUUUUUCUUAUUUUAUUUGGAAAACAGAAUUUAGACAGUUCAUUCUAGUUACUUUUAUGUAGUUUAUAUAUUUGGUAAUAGUCCCAUGCCGGGCCUACAUAAGGUUGGCCAGAAAGCCCAUCUGACAACCAACCAAGUUUGUUGUCCAAAACACAAUUCAAAGAGAGUCAAAUCAAAAUAAUGAAAAAAACUAUUAAGUUUAUUGUCAAAUCUUUGUCAAAAGUAGUCUUCCUGGCCGACCUUAUGUAGGCCUUGGUCCCAUGAAAGCAAAAUUCAGGCCUUUGACAUUAUCAAUGUUUGACGGAAAAUGCCAAACAUAACCUUACAUUUUUUAAUACAUGUCUUCAAAUGUAAAGUAUGGACAGUACAUUGCUGUUCUUUCCAUUGGAUAAUAUAAUUUGCUAUGGACCGGUGGGAACUUAUUUAAAAGUAGUUUUCCUGGCCGACCUUAUAUAGGCCUUGGUCCCAUGAAAACAAAUUUCAGGGUUUGGCAUAGUUAAUGUUUGGGAAAAGGUGCCAAACAUAACCUUACAUUUUUUAAUACAUGUCUUCAAAUGCAAAGUAUGGACAGUACAUUGCUCUGCAUUCCAUUGGAUAAUAUAUUUUGCUAUGGUCCGGUGGAAACUUAUUUAAACGAACCAAAAAACGUCAUAACAUCAAUUUUAAAACUUACAAACAUUUUUUUUGGAAUAAAAACAAACAUUUUCAAACAGAGUAUAGACAUCACAUUGUGGUUCAAAAAAUUUGAAUUUUAUUUGAACGAUAUUUGAACAUAAUUAUUUUAUUUACAAUUAUGUAGAAUAAUUAUUGUUUUUAAAAACUUUCUGCCUAAAAUGAAACUUUAUGUUACUUUCAGGCGUCAAAAAAAUGAUCAAAAAAAUUAUUUUUUCAUUUUUUUUAAUAACAUCCAUCUGUUUAAGUUAUUUGUCAAAACUAUGAAAAACAACAUUUGAAAACCAAGAGUGUGAAAUUUUUUUAGAUAAAAUAUCUAAUUUUUUUUAACAAAAUACUUUUACUUUGUAAUAAAAGAAGCAAUAAUGAAAUAAUUUUAAAUAGAUAACAGAAAAAUAUGUAUAAAAAUCUUGUGAAUAUGUUAAUACAUUUUUAUUUGAAGCUGUUAAUAUUUCCAUUUAUUAAAACAAGAAAAACAAUAUUUUUUUUGUAAAAAAAUUAUAUAUAUUUGAACUAAUAACCAAUGUGGAGGUGAGAUGGUGAUCUUACAAUAGUUACUGUUUAAUAUCUAUAAAAAAUUUAAAUAAAUAUUACAAUCCUACUAUAUAGUAUUUAUUUUAAACAUUUUUUAUUAUAUACAUUCUUAAGUAUGUAAAUAAAAAAAAUUAUUUAAAAAAAAAAAAAAGAUAAACAUCCUUCAAUAUUAAAUUAAGCUGUAAAUAAUGAUAAUUUUUAACAUAAAAAAUAUAAACUAAUAUUUAAAAGAAAACAAAAAAUAGUACAAACCGAAAUAUUGGAUACCACAUCAAUAUAUAAAAUACAUAAAAAACAUACUCCUUUUUUACAAAAAACAAUUAAGAAUAAUAAGAAGAAAUCCCCCUAUAAAUCAACUUCUCUCUCCCCUCUUGCCCCCAGACAUGUGAAUACUUAAUACCAAGCGCCGAAAAUAGUUCUAAGUUUUUGAAAAAAGAAAUAUCCUUGCAGUUUUUAAAUUAGAUUAUAAGAAUAAUGGUUUUAUUCCUUUUUUUAAAACAAUUAGACAUAAAUUAAACUAUUUCAUUGCUCAUAUUCUCACACUCUCUCUCUCCUUUAAUCCAUAACCCAUACCUUUUCAUUUACACCACUUUUUGUUUCAUUCUUUUCUAUGGCAAAGUUGUGAAAUGUAUAUUUUAAGGAAUUUGAAAAAAAAAAGUAUAAAUUACUUUAUACCAACUACUUUAUAUAGCAAGAAAUAAUAUAUAAUUUUAGUUUUACUACUUUUUGCUAGGUUAAGUCAUUGAAUCGAAGUAAAUGAAAUCGAAAAAUACGCUCCCCCC